AUGAAGAGUUUUGCUCUCCUUUUCCUUGUUGUGAUCUGUGGCAUGGGAGGAUUGGGACAGAAGCUGAAGCCAAAGAAAAGAAGCAGUGGUGAAGAAAUCAAAUUUCGGACUAAAACCAAAGACGUUUGCACAAUGACCAUGAGUGGUGAUGAUGAGGAGAUGAGACUUAGAAUUGAAUGCAAAAGCCAAGGCAUGUCCUACUGGUGUGAAUUCACUGGCAAGCCAUCAGUCUGUCGUGCUUUCAGAAAUAAUCCAAAGAUUUACUGGAAUCAGAUUGCCGCGGAACUCAGAAAGAUCCCGCACGCUUGCGAAUCCAUGGAAGUGUUGAAGACCACCAUGUGCCAAAAGGCUCCCCCAGAGGCUCUCAUGAGGCAAAUAGCUGCUGGUGUGGAGCCAGAAGAUCUAGCAAACCAGGAAAAGUCAGUCCAGAAAGCUUCUAUUCCUAUGAGAGAAGCGGGGCAAAACUUUGACCCAACCCAACACGGUCAGGGGUCUGAAAAUGAAACAGAAGCAAUGAAACUGGCACGGGAACAUUGCUGGGAAUCUCUGCAUGGUGUCUGCUCCUACAUCAUUGGCAUCUUUAGGGGUUAA